AUGUCCAUACCGACCCCGGCUGGACAGCUCGAUGGGGCCCUGGCGGCCCCAAAGUACGGGACGCUCAUACCGAACCGGGUCUUUGUCGGCGGUAUCAGUGGUGACACGACCGAGGCUGAGCUGUGCCGUCUAUUUUCAUCGUACGGUAACGUCAAGUCGACGAAAAUCAUCGUGGACCGGGCCGGCGUCAGCAAAGGGUACGGUUUCGUCACGUUCGAAACGGAACACGAGGCACAGAAGCUGCAGAAUGAUUGUGAUUGCAUUGUCCUGAGGGAUCGCAAACUGAACAUUGCGCCGGCAAUCAAGAAGCAGACCCUGUGCGCCACGAACGGUGCGGUGUACUAUGCGGCGACCCCGCCAACGCCGGCCAUCAACAAUAUUCCAAUCGAGCAGUUUGCCACAGUCUACCCGCCAGGUGUGCCAACCAUGUAUCCUCCCACGUUGCCGUAUCAGCCGUUCUACCAGUACUACAGUGUGCCAAUGGUUCCCAAUGCUUUUCCCCCACAGAACGUUCCCACCAUCUGGCCUCAGAACUAUCAAGGAAUCUACCCUUGUUAAGCGGCAGCUGUGCAGUACGUGGACGUUGAAGCGUAGUGUAAAAACAA